UGCUCGGCCUCCAACCCCAUUGGCGGCAUUGUCGACCAGCUCUACGCCGGUGUCAACAUCGAUCUUGCUCUGACUGCGCUCCUCGGCAACAAGGAUCUCGCCAAGUGGAUCCUCGAGGCCUCUGUCGAUGUCGACUUCCUCCUCAAGGUCGACUCCCUCUGCGGCAAGGCCGACUUCCUCGCCAAGCUCGACCUGCUCCUCUCUUCUGAUGCCUUCCUGAACACCUGUGCCGGUGCUGCUGUUAAUGCCAACAUCAACGCCCAGAUCGGUAUCCUCCUCGCCAAUGCCAAGUUCAUGAAGCAGCUCACCGCCUACCUCUCCAGCGGUAGCUUCCUCACGCGCUUCACUGCUCAGUUCUCUGCCAACUUUGACUUUGGCGUCAAGUUCUCUGCCUGGCUCGGCAACAAGAACUUCAUCAAGCUGCUCGUCGCCGUCUUCGGCCAGGGCUCUGUCGGUGUCAACUUGGGUCUCCUGCUCAACGACGCCACCAUCAUCGCUAAGCUGCGCGCUCUCCUCGUCCUCAAGGCCGGUUUCGGUGCCAACCUCGGCGCUCUGCUCGCUGACGGCAACUUUGUCGGCCACGUCUGCGGCGUCCUUGGCCUCUCUGUCGAUCUCUCUGCCAAGAUUAAGGCGCUCUUCGACCUCAAGGUUGGCUUCGCUGCCCAGCUUGAGGCCAUCCUGGGCGUUGCCUUCAAGGGCAAGUUCUCUGCCUUCCUCGGCUCCGGCAGCUGCGCGUCCAUCCUCGUCAACUUCUUCGGCGCCGGCUCCUUCCACUCUGCCUGCUCCGGCUACUUUGGCGGCGGUGCCUUCAUCAAGACCUGCGCCGGCCUCUUCCUCGACGCCCAGUUCGCCGCCAAGUUCACCGGCUUCAUCCAGGCCUGGUUCUCCGCCAAGGUUGACGUCUACACCCUGUGCGGCAACAUCUUUGCCGACCUGGGCUUCACAACCAAGGCUCUGGGCCUGCUCAAGAUCUCGGCCGGCGUCUCCGUCAAGAUCUCUGGUCUCCUCGGCGGCGGCGGCUUCCUCAAGGUCUGCAAUGGCUUCUCCGCCGGCAAGCUUUCCGGCGGCGGUUUCCUCGGCGGCCUCCUCGGCACCGUUUCCGGUGUCGUCAAGGGCCUCUUUGGUGGCCGUCUCGUCUAA